AUGGAUUACAAAUUACAAGUUGGUGGACAGUUAGAAAUUGAUUCCACAUAUGGACAAGGUAAUGAGCUCAAUGAAGAAGUGGAUAUAAACCAGAAUAAUCAAGUUCAUUUACAAAAUGAAAAUCAUGAUGAUUCGUCAGAUUUAAAAAAAAUAUGUGAAUUAAAAGAAUUUUUUCAAUUAGGCGAAAAUAGAAAAAAGGUUAUAAAAUGUUUUAAUAAUUUAUAUUGCACAAAAGGUGAUAAUUUAACAAAUUCAUUAAUUGAAAUAUUUUCAAUAGAUAUUAAUUCAGAUACUAUUUUAUAUAUUUUACAAAAGUAUAUGCAUAUGCAUGGAUUAUGUAUACCAUGUUAUAAAUUUACAAAUGAUAAAAAUUCAUGCGAAUAUAAUAUAAAAUGUAAAUGGUGCCAUCAUUAUUCACAUCUUAAUAGAAGUUCAGGUUUAUAUCCAAAUAAAAUAUUACAUGCUAAAAAUAAAUGUUAUGCAUGUACACAUUUUAUUAAAGGGCGAUUAUGUUUAUCACAAAGUGAAUGUAAAUUUUGUCAUUCAUUUGAUCAUUUACCAAUACAUUUAAAAACAAAAUAUUACAACAUAUUAAAUACCCUGUAUAAAAAAAAAAUGAAUACUAACAUUAUAAAUAAAAAUAUUUUAAAAAAAAUGAAAAAAAGUAUGAUUAAAGAAAAUACUUAUCAUCCUACAUUUUAUGUUCUAGAUAAAGAUCUAAUGAAUAUAUUUUAUGAAAAUGAAAAAAAUAGUAAAAACAAUGAAGAAAAUAAUCAGAAUAAUUACAAACAAAACUUAAAAGAAGAACUUACUAAUACUAUUCCAGAAAAUAAUAUUAUAUAUGAUCAAAAUAAUAAAAAAAAAAAAAUUACAAUACAACAUACAUGCAAUGAAUGUAACCAAAAUAAAAAACCAUGUUUAAAUUAUUUUCUUUCCUUAAAAGAUUGUCAAAAUAAUUGUAAUGAUUGUCACGAUGAUAUACAUAAAAAUAAAUUCUCAAAUUUAUAUUUUUUAACAUAUAUGCAUAAUAAUAACAUUUGUAAUGUUUGUCCAUUUAUUAAUGAAGAAAGAUGUAAUUGUGAUCAAACAACAACUUAUUGCCACGAUACUGAUCAUAUAUCAUUUGAUAUAAAAUUUAAGAAUUCUAUUAAUGUUUCUUCACAAUAUUUACAAACACAAUUUUUAUAUAAAAAAGAAAAAGAAGUCACUGAAAUAGCUAACGAACAGGAUGGAUAUGUCUCAAAUGCAAACGAUGCAUCUCUUGUCGAAUCUGAUAAUACAUCUAAUAUAGAUGCACAUGAUGAUAAUAACACCUUGGAAAAAGAAGAACCAAAAACAUAA